AUGACAGUCAUCCAGAACUGUCAGAAACCCAAUCCAGGCCGAGGCAUCGAAAACAUCCCACACAAAACAAACGCUACCCACAUGUCAACACCGUACACCCGAGCCCCCGAACAGCUCAGCGUCCCCGAGCUCGUCGAAUACUUCACCGGCCUCGCUCACACCGACAACCUCUACGCCCAGUUUGUCGCCUCCCGGCGCAAAAGCAGCAGUCGCGGGUCGGGUUCUGCGACCGAGGGCGGGGAUGGAGCAGUAUCAGCCAAUGGGCAGUGCAACGCAACCACGCUCCCGAAAUCGCCCCAUACGCACGAAACAGGAUCAUCCCCCCAAACCUGCGACUGCCUUCCCCACCUCCGCGCCACGUACUACACGCUCUUGUCCACCCUGCACCACGCCGAGAUCGACGUCGCAGCCGCCCUGCUGCGCGAGUCGGCCAUCGUGCGCAUCGCGACGGGGGACGAUAGUGCCGUUGAGGCUGUGGAUCCGGAGCUGGGGGUUGAGCUGGAAAUGUUGAGGGAGGGGAGGAGGAGGUGGGACGGGGAGAUGAGGGGGAGGUGGGAGGCGUUGACGGAGGGGAGGAGACGGGCUGGUGGGGUUGUGUGA